ACUAUCAAUUGAUUUUUGAGACGGCUGAUAAAAUUAUUAUUUAAAUGUAGAAAUAUUUUUGUUUAAAAUAAAAAUGAUUACAGUUGGAGUCAAGUUUUUUUUGUGUGUGUUAAUUGGAAGACCGUUCAAAAUAUUUGGUGAUGUACAAAGUUAUAUCGGUUUCCCAACGGGAUAUGGUAGCCAUUCAAACCUUCAAACUCUCACAACUUCUGGCUAUACAAGCAGACUGCAAUGUGUUAAAAUGUGUUAUAAUCAAAAGUUUGGUGUAUCGUUCGCGGUAAACAGUGCCACAUUUAAUGAUAAGAAUAAUUAUUGCUGGUGUGGACGCAACAUCUUGACAUCGUUUGAUACUAGUUGCUGUCUAAAUAAUAUUUUUAAUUAUAUACCUGUAUAUGGUUCAGUAAGCAGUAAUGCAAGACUUGGAGGAUCGCUCUCAAUUUUCGUGUCUGCCUUCCUACGAAAGAGAGGAAACGAUAAAAUUGUUUAUUUUGCGUUUGAAGAUAUGAAUGCACCUUAUAAUGCGUCACGAUCGGUAACAUUCCUUUACUCCAAAACCGCAACAAAAACUGAAAUUAAACAUCCAGCAACCAAGCAAACGUACAAAAUCUUAGAAGAAAUUGGAGAAACAAAUGUUGAAAUGUUGAAUCCACAUUACCACAGUGACAUCCAGAUCGUUGAUAAUGAUAAUCAUAGCAGCAACUCAUUCUGGAUAGCUACAAUAAGGGAAAACGACGCCAUGGUUGUCGUUGAUACAAAUUUUCAGUAUAACAUAACACGCCCAGCUGCAUCUUGCCUCGUUAACAUCCUCGUAAGCGAUGGGAAACUCGACACGGAUUCAGGAGAUUUCGUGGUUGACAUAGAACUUACUACCAAGUCAGGAUGCAACAAAAAUGUGGAAGAUGUGUCGAUUUCGCUUUACAAUGAGGUUUACUUAGAGCCAUACGAAGUAGAAACUCAGCAUACGAAUACAUGCAUACCAGAAACGAGUUUGGAAAUAAAAGCAACUUACAUCCAAGUUAAGUAUUGGAGGCUGUUCAUGUAUAGACAGAUAUGCAUUCGGGUGCGGUAUCGUCACAGUGGUGUGAACAUGGGUGGAGGCUCAAAGAGAACUACUGUAUUGGCUGAUAUUUUCUAUACUGGUUUUAAAGACAACUUGAGCAUGACUUAUUCAUUUCAUCGGGAAUACAGAACAUAUCUUUCGAAAAAUGUCAAUGGUUUUCUUCUUUGGACAGCAAAUCAGGAGUUAUGUGCAAGUUAUUACUUUCAAGAUUUGUCCUUGCGAAAAGAACAGUGUGCCGUCUUUAAGCAUAUACCCUACAAUAUACAGUCUCUUUUUGGAUUAUGCUCCUACAAAUUCUCCUCAGCUUUAACAAAAGAGGGAUAUUGUAAUCAGACGAAACGUUUGUCUGGAGAGACAACAGCCCUGCGUUGGCUGGACGAUGGAACUUAUGUAAAUUUAGCAGGUAGUGAAGAAGCGAAAGUUGGGUCUUCUAACGUCGAAGUUCCGUUCCUGAGACAACACAUAAAAAGUUUUGGGGUAAAACACAACGUAAAAAAAUUUAUAGACAGGAACUCGCUAAUUGACGAUGUAUCUCUAUUGUGGAAUGGCCACGACGUUUUCGUGUGUAAUUACGUCAAUCAUAGGUUUUAUCGAUGCAUCAUAUACAAGAAGGAAAUCUAUCGAGUGACGCCUUUGCCACCAUUGUUUGCUAGCGUACUGGGUUACGACAAGAAAAGAAGGAUAACCAUUGGUUUCAGCAAGGAACGCCGUUAUGUUGGGUUUCGUGCAAAGGGCAAAUACAAGUCAUUUUACUUGUCGCCAAAUUAUUGGUCAAAAUUGGAAGGCACUGAAAACCUUGUGCUAGCUAAAUCAUUUAACAGAAGUCUUUUAAAUGUAAGCAGGACUGAAGAAGAAAAAUUUGAAGUUGGAAGUGACGUGUACACAGUAACACCACUUGGAUUGUACCACGAUGCUGAACAACAACACAUAAUAGUUUGGUAUCCAAACGGCGACUGCAAAUCUGUAGUUGGAUCAUCAGAAGUGCUAGCAUUUUCAUCUUGUGCAGAGCUUAAAGAAUAUUGCCCUACUGCUGAAAACGGAACUUAUUGGAUUGGUUCGCAACAGAAACUUUGCACCAUGUCAGACGACUAAAAAAAUUGAAGAUCACAGAACACGAAAAAAUUGCACCGUUUUUCUGCAAUCCUUAUCAAAAGGACUAAGUUACGUUAGAAAGAGGAAUUAUUCAUAAAUUGACGAUAUAUUUCAAUAUCUUUGUUUUAGUAGGACUUUUUAUUUUUACUCAAUGUGUUCUGUGCACCAAAACACAAUUAUGGCUAAAUAUCUGCUGCAAAUAUACCUAAUUUAAACACGUCAAUAUGUGAACUGUGUGUUUGGGAUUGGGAUUAAUUUUAACAUUAUGACUCUCUUUAAACCUCUUUAUUAUUUAAAUUUAAAAUUAGUAUUUAAAUUUAAACAUUAUGGACGGACCAUAAAUGGACGUGAUGUCAUACUAAAGAGCUGUGUUAUGUUGGUGAAAAAAAUAGAUAGUGGAUUGGGGAAUUACCCUAUCAUUCGAUCAAUGGACGAUAUAUUGCUAUUGUGAUCUCGUUAAAAUCAUUGUUUCCUAACGGUUAUAUUUCUUUGCAAAAAGAUGUUGUCAAAAACGGAGCAAGAAGUUAUACUACGCUGUAACUAAUAUGUUUUCUUAAAAGAGUAAUAACAUUUUUGUUCCCAAAA